CCGGACGGAAAAGCCGCGGCUCUUUUGCCUAACAAAUACUAUGUCGACCUCAAUGUUUCGCCCAUUGGGUCGCUGGUUGACGACCAGACCAGGAAAUAUCCGAAAUCUAGCUACGGGAGGACCGUCACUUCCGCGUCGUCCUCCUCCAAGUUCCUCAGGUUCUUCUGCUCCACCACCACCAAAUGCGAAAAUUCUUGCCUUUGCCCGGUAUUCGCCGUGGUCCAGCUCGUUCCCGGGGAGUUGGAGAACCCGGGCAUUACUUCAGUCGGCAUUCUACGCAGUGGGCAUAGUACUCGCGACAAAUUACGUCGAUUCCGUGUGGUUUCCAGCAGGAGCGGAAACGGGCUACGCGUCACCCAGAGAGAUCAAAGUCGCCAUUGAAAAGUUGAAGCAGGCUUUCCCAGAGGAAGACCGUGUCUCGACGGAUUCGAACGUGUUGACUGAGCAUGGUUCAUCGGAUAACUCCUACCAUCCUGCUUCACCACAUGCUGUCGUCGUGCGAGCAUUGAGUACAGAAGACGUUGUUACGAUUGUAAAAAUCGCAACAGAAUGUAGAAUGCCGAUGGUAGUAUACUCUGGAGCGACCAGUCUAGAAGGUCACUAUUCUGGGGUAUCUCCAGGGAGCAUCUGCAUCGACAUGUCGGCCAUGGACAAGAUUCUCGAAAUACAUGAGGCCGAUUCUGACCUGAUCUGCCAAGCUGGAGCUCAAUGGGAAGAUAUCAAUCAGACACUCAAAGACAAAGGCAUUCCGUUAUUUUUUCCUCUUGAUCCUGGUCCCGGAGCAACGAUCGGCGGAAUGGUUGGGACUGGAUGUAGUGGGACCAACGCCGUAAGAUACGGUACCGCCAAGGCUGAAUGGUUCUUGAAUUUAACAGUAGUACUCCCUAACGGAGAAGUCAUCAAAACCCGCAGACGAGCGCGAAAAUCCUCUGCAGGUUUUGAUACUACGAAAUUAUUCAUUGGGGCGGAAGGGACACUAGGUAUUGUCACCGAAGCAACCCUCCGUCUGGCUCCCCGUCUACCAACAAAAGUAGCUAUGGCACAGUUUGGCAAUGUUGAGCAGGCAGUCAAUGCUGUUCAAGAUAUUCUAAACAGUCCAUACGGAUCUCAUAUACAAUGUGUCGAACUGCUUGACGAUCGCAUGAUGGACGCUAUCAAUACCGCUGGCGUCAGUACUAAACUUCUACCCGUUCGCGAUACGCUCUUCUUCAAACUCCAAGGCGACGACCCCGCGAUCAAGCUAACUGCUAAAACUGUCCAAGCAAUUGUCAAGAAACACGGCAGCGACCGGUUCGAGUUUGCCAGUACUGAUCAAGAAGCAGAGGAUUUGUGGCAAAAUCGGAAAUACGCUCUUACGUCGACAAUGGGUGCACAUCCUGGGACUAGAUGUUGGACCACCGAUGUCUGUGUACCGGUCUCGAAGCUUCCUGAGCUUGUAUACGAAACGAAAAAGGAUCUUGCUGAAGCUGGGUUACGAAGUACCAUAGUCGGCCAUGUAGGGGACGGCAACUUCCAUGCCUUAAUUUUAUUCGAAAACGACGACGAACUUCCGAAAGUGACUGAUGCUGUGCAUAGAUUGGUGCAUCGAGCAUUGGACCUCGACGGGACUUGUACCGGAGAGCAUGGUGUUGGUAUAGGGAAGAAGCAGUACCUUUCAGAGGAAUUGGGUGAGGGGACGGUCGAGUUGAUGAGAUCGAUAAAGAACGCAGUGGAUCCUCUGAAUCUUUUGAAUCCGGGGAAGCUCUAUCCUGACAAGAGCAAAUCCCGCACUCAGUAAGGAAAUCUUUCAAUGUCGUAUUGAACAUCUUUAGUGUUUGUCCUCUGAAUUCCGUUCAUUGUCAAAUGUACUAUUCUAUGUCUUCAGUUGAACGGAAAAGGCUUUGUUCUGAGAGACUAGCCUAGCUCCAUUCAAGCUGAAGCAUAUUGCAACAAUGAUGAUGAUUCUUCUAAAUCAUGACCUUGGCUAUGUACAUAUCAUUUC